AUGAAACCCAGUGAAACGCCCUACUCCGAUGCCCGUCGAGAGGCAGACAUCCACGAUGAUUCCAUGACCGACGUCAGCGUGUCGCUCCUCAGCGACGAGGGCAGGCAGUGGAAGCGGGCAGAUAUUGAAGAUGGCAGAUGCGGGUCAUCACGAGCCCGUCAGUGCGCGACGGCACGAAACCUUUUCAGACGUUGGCGCUGGCUGGUUGAUACCUUUCUGUUGGUCGUCGUCGUCGGCCUGCUCCUCGAGCGACGGGGGCUGCAAAAAACCACACCUGACAAGCGUCUCGAGCCUGUCGGCGACCUCACAGGAUUCGCACCAAAGUUCACACAGCAAAUCACAACGUUCCACCCGACAACAGACUUCAUCCCCGACGACCCAAAGAAGCUCUUCACAAACACCUCACUCCAAGAGCAGUGGCUCUCUAUCGUCCCCAAGGGCCUGGGCUACCUCGUGAUCAAGGACCCAAAGGCCCACGACAACCUCCCCGUCCCCCUACCCGAGUUCGCCCCGCGCACCGUCUUCACGACGUCCAUGACGCACCAGCUGCACUGCCUGUACGCCAUUCUCGAGAGCUACGCGGGGCUCGCGGUCAACGGCAGCGCCAACGUCGACAUGCACUCGCAUAUCCCCGAGGGCACCGAGGGCGCGGAGGGGCCGUGGCAUCUGCAGCAUUGCUUCGAGUAUCUGAGGCAGGCCAUCAUGUGCGCCGGCGAUGUCGCGCUGGAGGGCACGCAGACGACGUUCCCGCCUGGGUUCACGGGAAGCGAUGGAUGGGAUGCGAAGCACGUCUGCAAGGACUACAAGCAGGUGUACGAAUAUCUCGAUAAGAACCGGGCUUUGGAUGACCACUGGAUUUGA